CUCACCAUCAACAUAUGCCUGAACUGGAUGAUGCACUUUUCUUCCGAAGCAUGACACACUUACUGGGCUGCAGAGCCGAGCCACGGGACGAGCCAGGGGACAGAGACACGGCGAGGAAGCCGCGAGGACAGAGUCAGACGAAGAGGAUGCUCGAGAGAAGAAGCAGAUGAGAGCUAAUGAUGAUGAUGCCAUCGACUGAGGGACGUUCGUAGAGAAAGAAGGGGAAUAAAGCUCUGCGGGGUUGGAGGACGGUGACAGUGAUGAUGAUGAUGAUGAUGAUGAGGAUGAGGAUGUUUCGGUUAUGAGGACGGGACCGCUCGGAGGAGGAGGAUGCUCGGACGAUCGGAGCGCUUCUCUGCUCAGCGUUGAUCAUCGUGCGGGCAAAUCUCGGGUAUCACUGAGAGUUUAACGAAGCGCUAUUCUGAGGAGGUGGGCCAAGUCCCCAGAGAGAGAGAGAGAGAGAGAGAGAGAGAGAGAGAGAGAGAGAGAGAGGACCUUCGGACUGGCUGAUCUCACUGGGAUGUUGUUGCUGCUGUUGUCAGCGAUGUGAAGCGACAUUAAGGGGCUAAUGAAAGGAUUCCUGCUUGCGUGUGGACACAUAUUUCUACAUUUUUCCAGUUUCAUAUACAGCAGCACUGUGUGAUAGAGACCAGUUAAAGUUGGCUUCCUGCCUGUUGAGAUGUGCCAAUAGGAAACACUGUGAACAGGGGUUCAUGCUGAUGAAAUUGAUCUGCUCAGUGAGCUCCAACCAGAGCCAUGGGGAGUACCCAGACUGCCGGAGUGAGAGGGAGUCGGGAGGGGAGGCGUCUCUCCUGGUGUCUCCGCUGGUGGUGGCGGGGAUCGUUAUAGGUCUGGUCCUCUUCCUCUCCUGCAUCACCAUCAUCAUUGGCAGCCUGCGCAAAGACAGUCGACUCCGAAACCCACACCUCCGAGCAAGCUACGGUCUGGAUGGUUUUUCCUACGGAGGUUCAGUAGGAGAACUAAGAUCUACCUGCUUAGAAGACUUUCCUCCUGGUUUAGACUUUGAUUCAUACAGAGAGACCCUGUCACAGGUCAACAACCUGUACCCCGAUUCACCGCCACGUUACGAUGAGUGUGUUGGUCCAGGUUCGACUCAGAUUUACAUACCAACAGAUGAUCCACCUCCUUACUCCCUAUUGGACCCCUGUCAGAGAGGGGCAGAGCAGGAGGAGCAGCCUAACUACACCAAUUUGGAUCCUUCUCCAUACUGUGGCGAGACCUCGGCCAGCGCUGCCUGGUUUUCCCCUUCCCACUACCCACUGGGACUACAGGGGCAGGAGCAUCAACACAUUGCAGCCAUUUCUUUCCCGCUGGAAGCGGCGCCGCCUUAUGAGUCAGUGUUGGCCGAGCAGGGACAGCCCCUCCCUCUCAUGCCGUGUAACCUUUAUAAACACCAAUCAGAGAGGGGGGAUGAUGGCAACUCCCAGCAACCAGGGGCGAACCAGAUCUCAUAGGACAAUUCAUUAUUUUUCUUUCACCUGCGCUGUUGGUUGUCCCCAGUUGAAUUAAACAAACACUUGUGAUGUGGGACACAAAAUGGCUGUUAGGAGCAGCUGUGACACCAAACAAUGGACACUAAAUGAGAUGUACACCUCUUCCACACAGUUGCUAACACCUAAUAAGGCUGAAAUAUUGCUGACGUCAGCCUUUCAGUGGACUGAAAUGCAGCCAGGACUCCUUACAAUUAACAGUUUGUUUCUGGACAACAUACAAACUCACUGAUUGCAUUGUACUGUAAAGUUUUUGGAAUGACAGCUUCUCCCAUAAAAAGGUUUGUCGUCCCGAUGAUGCUCCCUUGGACAAGACUUGCGUCCAUCUGGUCAUAACACCAUUGUCUAAUUAAAUUUUUGCCAUGUUUUGACUGUUAAUCUCUCUUUCUUGAAUAAUUUCAUGUGUCAUAUUUGGAGUUUAGGCAGAUUUACUGCUAUAAAUGUUAACAUCUAUUCAUGAUACUGUAGAUGAUGGCAAUUGGCUUUGUCUGUAGAUGAAAGGCGGAGUGUAAACAAUAUCUAUGUGCUAUUUAAUAGUGUAGUUUAAGGUAUACAGAAGCACACAGACUACCCCCCUCCCAUGUUUUUCUUUUUUUUUGGUAUGAUCCUCACCUAUCAGUCUAUUUAAAUGAUGUUUUGAAAGUACCACUUGUUGUUGUGUAUGACAUCCUCAACUACCAGAACACCACUGCUGAUUGUCAGUCUCUGUAGUGUGUAAACAUUUAGAGCAGUGUGCUGUCCUGUUGCUUCCGGUGUGGUGGUAGUAUCCUCGCGGUUAGAAUGACGACUCUGUAAUGAAAUGGUCGUGACCAUAAAUUAAUUAGGAAACUACCUGAACAGGAAGAGUGAAAUGUCAACACUACCCCCCUCUUUCCAGUUAUGCCUUCCAGAGCAAAGCACUAUGAUGACGUUAUGGAAGUCAGUGUUAAAUAUUUGCAGCAUACACUUGUCAUCACCAGAGAGGGGGUUUCAACACGUCCACUGUUGUGUCAUAACUCUUUCUAUCAAGGGCUCUGGUUUUAAUAUCAAUUCUGUAACUGGGACCCCAGCAGUGAAAUGUAGCUCAGAGCCCUCCUCCUGAUGAGGUUGGGUUGAUGCAACAAAGAAGUUACACAUUAAACUGUAGACCUUACCACACUGUUCAGUGGAGGAAUGGAUGCUUCUGCCUUUGUCUUUUUCUCUUUGUUUCCCUCUCCUGAAAGAAUUAACUUGACUUGAGCCAUUAUGGAGGUUUUUCCUUAGUGCACUAAAAGUGUCAGCAUCUUCUCAGUUAACCUGCAUAAGCAUCAGCUCGAUUAUUAAAUUAUGUAAUUCAUCAGAUAGCUAAAACUGAUGUUACAGCGUGAUAUGAGUAAUAAUGUUAUUUUCAAAACUAAAUAAUCUUUGCAUUAUGCCUUGAUUAGUUGAUUAGAAAAUGUCAGUAAAUAGUGAAAAAUGUCCAUCACAAUGUCUUAGAGCCCAAUGUGAUGUCUUCAAAUUGAUAGUUUUCGUCCAAAACCCCAAAAUGUUUCUGUCUGAAAAAGCUUCAGAUCCUCCCUGUUGAGGAUCUGAAAAAUGACUUGAAUAAGUAGAUUAUAAAAACAGUAGCUGUUUUCUACUAAUUGAUUAAUCAUAUGUUUCAACAACAUCCAACAGAUGUGUUACUGCUGAUGUAUCAUUUCCAAUACGAAGCAGAGAUUAUGAAUGUCUCUGUGUAGGUGGCCAGAUAUCAGCUAUAUGUAGAAAUCAACACAGUCUUAUGAAUGGGCUCUCAGAAACAUUUAGAUUGAGCAAAUUUGCCAAACAGUGAGUACAUUCAGCAUUAACUUAAUACAAAGAGUAACAUGAAGGUCACAUAGUGUGAUAAAAAUUACAAGUGCAGAGGGGUGAUAGAUGUAUUCAACCCCAGCACUGCAGCUUCCAGUCCCGUCUUAGUCAACAAUGGGAAUUUUAAUAAAUCAUAAAGGCAUAACAACUUUUCCAGGUUUUUAUACCUUAUAUAGCUUGACCAUUGUUUAGUGUAAUUUUGUGCAUCAGUAGAUAAGUGUAUUAACGCUGGAAAGAAGAAAAUCAUAAUCCAGGCAGCAUUAUGUGCAGCCAUGAAAUAUUAAACAAGUUAUUUACGGUUGUUGGUGCCCAAGAGCUGAACACCUCGACUAUGGCCACCAGAGACCCUGUUACAUCAACUCAGGGCUCUCUGUAUUUGACAUUAUUUAACGUAUUGUGACAAAGACAGAAGCAAAGGAGCCGUGUUUGAGUAUUAGUUGUGUGUGGGGGGAAAACCCGGAAAAUCCUGGAAAUGGCAUCACCAUUUAUCACCAGUUAUUGAAAGGAGGAAGUCAUUUAAGACUGAGCUUUAAUAACAAUGCAAAUGUUGUUUAGUUUCAGAAUAAUUUGUCCAGAUAUUUGUUUUGUUUUGUAAAUUUUGUUCGUCAAUUUAGACAAUUGUCAUUGUAUGACAUUGUUUUUGUGUUAUAAGAUGUGCCUAAUAUCCCUCAGACUGUUAGCUCGAACAUUGUAGCCAUAAUAUAAUAAUCUCGAUGCAACUAACCCAGUGUUUUGCACUGUUAUGUUUGGUUAUGACAUGAAGUAUUGGUUUACGGGUGUGGUAUGGAGGAUUGAUCAUAUUGAAUAAGUUGUGAUGACAGAUUUUAUUGAGGGAACAAAUGAACUCUUUCAAGCUGCUGUCCCAGUGAUCAGCUUUGUGUUGUCAUUUGGUUUGGCAGUUGAUGAGUAAACUGCACAGUUCACAUCCUUAUUGUAAUGUCCCAGCAAUGUUUUUAACUGGUUACCCUUCAGAGUUUGUCACUAAUGUUAACAACUCUUUUGAUUUUAUUGCAAUGGAUCGACUCAUUCUUUAACCACCUACAAUCUGAUUCUCUGUUUGAUUGUUUUCUCUUUUCUUUAUCUGUUUCUGUCUCUCCUCCUCUUUUUUCUUCCUGCAAGAUUCAGGGAAUCUUUAAAAAAUGCUAUUUUAAUGUGCAGUUAAAAUAAAAACUAAAAAACUGCAGUUCAUCUGCUACUAAUGCACCGCUCAGUUUCAGUUUCUCCCACAGUGACAUUUAUACACAUGAAGAAAUAUAAAUUGACUGGCUUGAUGAGGCCUAUUAGUGAUUUAGUGAUAAUUCUAUCAGUGUUGCUGGAUUGUAAAAAUGAGUGUAACUAGAAUAGUUUAAUCAGCCAAGUAGAAUUUAGCUGGUGAUCAAGGAAUCUGAUGUGUUUAUGAAAUUGACGCUAUUAAAUAGAAGACAUUAAAGGACCUCAUAUGUUGUGCAUUCAUACCUUGCAUACAUCUUGCAUUAUAGUGCUGGCAUAUUCAGUCCUGCAAAAAGAUGUCUCCACGAGAAGAAACACACAACAAAUCCACAGAAUUAGGAAUUUAAAUAAGAAAAAUUUAAAUACAACAUAGACGUUUUUAGAAAAUUGUUAUGAAAUUUAAAGUAACCAGUAGGUCAAAUUAUAUAUAAACUCUAACUAUAUUCUUCUACUAGAUUUUAGACACCUCAAAUGAUCGACUUUGAAUAGCUCUACACAUUUUUUUGUUCAUUAAUGUCAGUGGAAAACUGACAAACAUAAUGCAUUUUUAAAUUUUUUUGCGUUUUUAAAAAAUGAAGAAACACACCUUUCCCCAAACCUCUGCAUGGCUCUUUUUUUAUCCAGUACUCAUUGGCGCUAUAACAAUGUGCACAAAUUCCUCUCUAUGUUGAAAAUAUCAUCCCGACCCAUCACGCAUUUAGAGCUUUACAGUAAACACAGACUCAGUUUUACCAUCAAACACCAGAGGGUGAUGCAGAACUACAAUUUGACAUUCAGCUUUUUCAGUCACUAUUCAGUAAUAAUCCACACAAAGACAGGAAGUGUGAUCCUGGACGUUGAGUCAGAUACCAAGAUCACCUGGAUCUACUUUGCCAUGUUAGUGAGGAGUAUUUUAAUGCUUUAUUAGAUUAGAGGAAAUGUAAAAUGUAAAGAUCAUCAGGGUUGUCAGUAUUAAAGUAUUUGUUCAUAAAACUGAGAACUAGAGAAAUGUAUUUUUCAGAUUGCUCCAGUCGAGCACAUUUGUUUGCAUAUCGUUACUUUUUCCAGCUAGGAUAGCACUAUUUUGUGGGUGCAUUCUCUGUAAGUAAAUGGUAUGUAAAUGUCUUACAUGUGUGUCACUUCCCAUCUCUCCUCUCUCUUUCUUUCUUCGUCUGUCAAGACAACAGACUUCAUGUAUAUAUUAGAAACUGCAGUCAAUAAUGUUUCUUUAUGUUCUGUAUUAGACAUUUUGUUAAAUAUUUUCUUCUGUAGAGAAGAACGAAUAAAUCUGAACUCUUAUAUGAA